AUGGUCAGGCCGGGUCGAGAAAAGUGCAGCGGGUGCCUGCGGCCCGCAUGCGUCUGCUACUGUUCCAGGUUGCCGAAGCCUCCUCUGAGUUUUUCCGACGACUUUUCCGGAGUCAUCAAAGGCCUCGUGGUGUACGUCCACCCGCUGGAAGUGAAGCGGAAGAUGGGUUCGCUGCCGCUGCUCACGCGCGCUGUCACUCCCGUGCACGUUUUUCCUCGGAGAAAGCCAGGGACUGUCAAGUUGCAGCGGCCAGCCCGCGCUCAUCUUCGCGACAGAGGACUAUCGUCAGACCCCACUACAGAGGACCGAGACUGUUCGGUUCCUUCGUUUUCCCUUUCCUCGCCUGUCAGCGCGGCGCCUUUUCUGCCUCCAUCGUUGCCUGCGGCCGCUUCUGCGUCUCCUCCUGUGGGGCUCUCUGUGGCUCCAGCCUCGUCUUCGCACUGUGCGAGGCUUCAGCUUUCUCCAGCGUCGUGUGCGCCGUCCACAGUUGUUUCUGCCCUGUGUUCCAGUCCCGGCCCCGCUAGUCCCUCGCCGGCUCCUCUCUCAUCCGCCGCGUGGGUGUACGACGAGGACGUCGGCGUCUUGGAAGGCGGCUGCUGCACACGGCCUUUCCUUCCCUCGCCACGCCCUUCUCCGUUGCCACUCGAUUCGCCGUCGCCUUUUCCUCUCUGGCUCCAGCCUUCUUCGCUCCGGUCUUCUGCCUGCGCGUCUCCUCGUCUUCCUGCCACUGCUCCUCGUCCUUUGUCUCUUCCGUCCGCUCCUUCCUUUGAGGGAGAACCGAACAACCUUCUGCUGCUGUUCCCCACGCCGUGGAGCUUCGAACUGGGAGCGGGCGCGUUCCCGCUGAAACUGCCUGUGACGGUUCUAUGCCUCGACGGCACGUGGAAAGAGGCGAAGGAGAUGCUCAACGCCGCGCCGUGGCUAGCGCAGAUCCCCGCAGUCCGCCUCCCGAGGCGUGCUCCGCCAGGGCGCGGAGGAAGCGAAGCCGCAAAGGGAGAGGGGCGCAGGGGAGCAAGAACGGAAGACCACGCCCCGGCACGCGAACGCGGCACAGGGGGGGACAGGCCGCGUGAGCGAAACGAGAGUCUUCCGGCAAAGCCCGUGCGUCUUGGGGACGAGGAGGGGCGAGGCACCCAACUGGAGGAACGGACACGAAAGGAAGAAAGGCCGAGGCAGGAAAACGGAGCAGACUGGAAGAGAAGGGAGCGGGACGGGGAGCGGGAAGCUGCGGAGACGCCGCUAGGCCGGGGGCUUGGAGAAGAUCAAGAGCAGGGCAAACCCAGCGCAGAGACUUUUGAAAAGCACGAAAGAACGCGAGAGGCAACAGACUUGUGGGGGGCGUACGGAUUCGUUCGCACCCCUUCCCGGAAAGUCGCAGAUGAAGGAGGUGUAUGUACAGCUGAAGCAGUGGCGCGAAGUCUGGCUGCGAUUGCUCACUGGAGCAGAACGGACUGCAGCGAGAGAGCGAAGCAUUUCGAUAAAACGGUUGUGAGCCUUUUAACUUUCGUCGCUGGAAAACAAAUUCAGUGCAAGGACGAGAAGGACGCGAGCGAGAAAGCGAGAAGGGAGGAAAGUAACGGUUCGAGUACGGCAGCUUCAGAAUCUCAAGAUUCGAAGACCAACCACCGAGCUGUACGGGCUGCCGGAUAA